CCAAAAAUGGACAGAUUUGGAGAUGGAGAAGAGUCUCUUAUCGCUUGAGCGCGAUUAAGAUGUACUAAUUUUUUUAAAUUGGGUCAGACAUGUUUUCUUCAACUUCCUCAUACUUUUAUCGUUUGUUUUGCUUUUGCGGAAUUAUAAAGUGCGUGAACUAUACUGGUUUAAUUAAUAUUCGGUGAAGUCAGUUGGCUCAAGCCAGUAUUGAAGCUGAUAGUGGGCACCACAAAGAAAAAUGUUGAAGAUUCUAGUGACCGUUAUCUUAUUGAAUACGAUUCUUUUCGUCGAUUCGGGGGUGAUUUCUGGUCCCAAGCAAUCGAAAAUCCACGAAAUAUCGGUGAAAGCGAUAACAGGGGAAAUACAGAAGUUCAAAUUGAGCGAGGAUCAAACCGUCGAGGAUUUGAAAAGGAUGAUAAUGAAAAUUACCGAUAUUCCGGUUGAGAAGCAGAUUUUGUUCUUCAGGAGCGAGCAAUUGGACGAUUCUCAACCUCUGAGAAUGUAUAAAAUGGAUAGGAAAGUAACGGUUGAGCUUUUCCUCAGAUAUUUUUAAGGAAGUUUGUGAGAUCUGAAAUUUUGUUUUAUGGAUCUGAAUGUAAUUGAGCAACCUGGUGAAUUUCAAAUAAAGUAUUCUAUAUUAA